UUCUGCAGUGUGAUGUUCAGAGUCAGAAAUGCCUUAUGUGGAUCGCCAGAAUCGCAUUUGUGGUUUCCUAGAUAUUGAAGAAAAUGAGAAUAGUGGAAAAUUUCUGCGGCGGUACUUUAUUCUGGACACACGAGAAGACAGUCUGGUGUGGUACAUGGAUAACCCACAGAAUCUUCCCUCUGGAUCUCCACCUGUUGGAGUCAUUAAACUUACCUAUAUUUCCAAGGUUAGCGAUGCAACUAAGCUAAGGCCAAAGGCAGAAUUCUGUUUUGUUAUGAAUGCAGGGAUGAGAAAAUACUUUCUACAAGCCAAUGAUCAGCAGGACCUAGUUGAAUGGGUAAAUGUUCUGAACAAAGCUACCAAAAUCACAGUACCAAAGCAGUCUGAUCCUCUGUGUCAAAUGGAUAAUGCAAAUCGUCAAGCUGAAAGCCCAGGUGGAAAGAAGCAAGUGUCUUACAGGACAGAAAUUGUUGGCGGUGUUCCUAUCAUUACACCUACCCAGAAAGAAGAAAUCAGUGAGUGCAGUGAAGGGGGUGAUAGGAAUUAUUUGAAACGGUCACAAAGUCACCUUCCUUAUUUUCCUGCUAAGCAUCCCCCAGAUAAUGCUAUUAUCAAAGCUGGCUACUGUGUAAAACAAGGAGCAGUG